AACGCCGGGAGUUUCUGGCUUCUUUAUCCGGUGCCUCGAGGGCGGCCCGCCGGAGCGCUGUCGCCCGGGCCGGCGCGGAGGAGCGACGGAGGGGCGAGCGGAGCGGCCGCCGCAGGGGCGCGGAGGCUAAAACUUCAAAUAAGUCUAUUGGCCAGCUUCUUAAUACUGUGGGUUGCAACCCCAUUUGAAGUCAUGAAUGUGAAGAUUCAUGAAAAAUUUGGCAAAAAAUAAGAAAGCUAAUCUGAAUAUCAGGGGAAGAACAGAGAAGAGAAACAAGGAUAGAAGACAAGGUUUUCCAGUUUGUACAGUAUUUCCCUCAUGGAUACAUUUUCAUAGCGUUAUAAUGUGAUAUGAGAAGUUAUUUUUCUUUCUUUGAAGUAACAUGGAUUUUAUACUACAGAAUCAAGAGAAUUGGCUUUAUAGGAAAAAUUGAUAUAUAAAAAGUGGUACAGGUUUUUAUAGAUAACCAUGACAACAUCGUAUAUGAAUGGGCAUGUAACAGAGGAAUCAGACAGCGGAAUAAAACAUCUCGAUCUUGCAUCACCAGAGGAACAUCAGAAGCACCGAGAGAUGGCUGUUGACUGCCCUGGAGAUUUGGGCACCAGAAUGAUGCCAGUGCGGAGAAGUGCACAGUUGGAGCGCAUUCGCCAGCAGCAGGAGGAUAUGAGACGCAGGCGUGAGGAAGAAGGGAAAAAGCAAGAACUUGACCUAAAUUCUUCCAUGAGACUUAAGAAACUAGCUCAGAUUUCUCCAAAGACUGGAAUAGAUAAUCCUAUAUUUGACACAGAAGAAGUUUUAGAAAGUCCUCACUAUGCUGUAAAAAUACUAGAAGUUGAAGACUUGUUUUCUUCACUUAAACAUAUCCAACACACUUUGGUUGAUUCUCAGAGCCAGGAGGAUAUCUCACUGCUUUUACAGCUUGUACAAAAUAGAGAUUUUCAGAAUGCAUUCAAGAUACACAAUGCUGUCACAGUGCACAUGAGCAAGGCCAGCCCUCCAUUUCCUCUCAUCUCCAAUGUACAAGACCUUGUACAAGAGGUACAAACUGUCUUAAAGCCAGUCCAUCAGAAGGAAGGACAAGAAUUAACUGCUUUAUUGAAUGCUCCACAUAUUCAGGCACUUUUACUGGCCCAUGAUAAGGUUGCUGAGCAGGAAAUGCAGCUAGAGCCCAUUACAGAUGAGAGAGUUUAUGAAAGUGUUGGCCAGUAUGGAGGAGAAACUGUAAAAAUAGUUCGUAUAGAAAAGGCUCGGGAUAUUCCAUUGGGUGCCACAGUUCGUAAUGAAAUGGACUCGGUCAUCAUCAGCCGGAUAGUGAAAGGAGGUGCCGCAGAGAAGAGUGGGCUCCUGCAUGAAGGAGAUGAAGUUCUGGAGAUCAACGGCAUUGAAAUCCGGGGGAAAGAUGUCAAUGAGGUUUUUGACUUGUUGUCUGAUAUGCAUGGUACUUUGACAUUUGUUCUGAUUCCUAGUCAACAGAUCAAGCCUCCGCCUGCCAAAGAAACUGUAAUCCAUGUAAAAGCUCAUUUUGACUAUGACCCCUCAGAUGACCCUUAUGUUCCAUGUCGAGAGUUAGGUCUGUCUUUUCAAAAAGGAGAUAUACUUCAUGUGAUCAGUCAAGAAGAUCCAAACUGGUGGCAGGCAUAUAGAGAGGGGGACGAAGACAAUCAGCCACUAGCUGGACUUGUUCCAGGGAAAAGCUUUCAGCAGCAAAGGGAAGCCAUGAAGCAAACUAUAGAAGAAGAUAAGGAGCCAGAAAAAUCAGGAAAACUAUGGUGUGCAAAGAAGAAUAAAAAGAAGAGGAAAAAGGUUUUAUAUAAUGCCAAUAAAAAUGAUGAUUACGACAAUGAAGAGAUCUUAACAUAUGAGGAAAUGUCGCUUUACCAUCAGCCAGCAAAUAGGAAAAGACCUAUUAUCUUGAUUGGCCCACAGAACUGUGGCCAGAAUGAACUGCGUCAGAGACUCAUGAACAAAGAAAAAGACCGCUUUGCAUCUGCAGUUCCUCACACAACACGGAACAGGCGAGACCACGAAGUGGCUGGUAGAGACUACCACUUUGUUUCCCGGCAAGCAUUUGAAGCAGACAUUGCAGCUGGCAAGUUCAUUGAACAUGGUGAAUUUGAGAAAAAUUUGUAUGGAACCAGCAUAGAUUCUGUACGACAAGUAAUCAACUCUGGCAAAAUAUGUCUUUUAAGUCUUCGUACACAGUCCUUGAAGGCCCUCCGGAAUUCAGAUUUGAAACCAUAUAUCAUCUUCAUUGCACCACCUUCACAAGAGAGACUUCGGGCAUUAUUAGCAAAAGAAGGCAAGAAUCCAAAGCCUGAAGAGUUAAGGGAGAUCAUUGAGAAGACUAGAGAGAUGGAACAGAACAAUGGCCACUACUUUGACACUGCAAUUGUGAAUUCAGAUCUUGAUAAAGCCUGCCAGGAAUUGCUUAGGCUCAUUAACAAACUGGAUACUGAACCUCAGUGGGUGCCAUCUACUUGGCUAAGGUGAAAGAAAUGCCUGUUUUAUUCUGUGUCAUCAUGUUGGACUUUAUUUGGCAAACCGUCAACAGGAAGAUGGCCUCAAUGCUGAGAAUAAGGUAGAAGGCAGUAAAAUAAGCUGCUGACCUGUUAAUAGAUCUCUUGAACUAGUGAGAAAGGUCCCUUAGGCAGUUUGUACACAACAAUCUUACUUCCUGUGCAUGGCUUUAGGGGCCUUUGGCUUGUUUGGAGAUUUAAAAACGGAAACUUUCUUCAGAGCAUUUCUGAUUCAUCCUGAUAAAACCUUUUGUGUUCACCUUUUCCUCUUGGUCAAAUGCCUAUGAAAAAACAAGUAUGUAUAUACAUAAAUCCAGUGUCUCACAUAGUUAUAAAUAUUAACAUUAUUUAACACUUAACUUAAAUGACGUCGUGGGAUUACUGGGAGAAAGGGCUGUGCUUCUGUGCAGUGGGAAUAACAGUAUUUUCCUAAACAAACUAGUUAGUUAUCAGAAAUACUUCUAUUAAAGAGGAAAAGAAAAAAGUGCCACUUUGGAGUGACUUUUUAAGUUUAAAUUUGUUGUCUUUUCAUUCUGAAAAACAUUCCAUCAAAAAUACCAGCUUUGCUGGGCGUAGCAGUGCAUGCCUUUAAUCCCAGCAUUAGGGAGGCAGAGGCAGGCAGGUCUCUGAGUUCAAGGCCAGUCUGGUCCACAGAGCAGGUUCUAGGACAGCAGGUCUACACAGUGAAACCCUGUUUCAAAAAAGAAAUAGAACCAGCUUUAUUUGCUUAGACUUUGUGGAUGAGUAGCCAGUAGUGUAGCUAUAAGUAUAUAAAAGAAGCUGACAUUUUUAAAGAUAGAAUUUUCUGAAUUAUUUUACUAAAUUGUGAUUUGAUGGCCUUGAUUCUUUGCUGUGAUACAAGUGUUCAUAUAAACCAUGUUGACCAUUAAAAUAUUUUCCUUGUGAUGCAAAUAGUUUUUAUAUCAGUGGAAGGACAUAACACAUUUGACAGUUUCUGCAUUUUUAUAUCUGAGCACAUAAUUAUGUCUAUGACUGUGCUGUGUAUGUAGGUAGGUAUUAAACUGGAAAUCUGCUGUACUGUAUACUAAUAAUUAAAUAGGAUAAUAAAUAGUUGUGUUCAGCCUUGGAAUAAAAUUUUAUACAUACCUGCACACUGAGGAAAUACCAUGAAAACUGACUUUUAGAUGAGAAGGAAGACCUAAGUCAUUGAGCAUUUUAGAAAAGGACAUCGGAGGACAGUACUAUUAAGCAUGUUUUUGUCCUAACAAGGUCUUUCUUGUGACCGGAAUACAACAGCUUGCUAAAUCUUAAAUGUUGACACUAAUGGGAUUUUUGUACUGUCUCUAUAGCUUUAGCUUUAAAAAUCAGUGUCUACAUAUCCGCAUGGAAAGUUAACUUGUACUCUUCUCAAGCCUUUAAGGAAAGUGUCACGUGACAACCAACCUCAAAUGUGAAUGUCUUGCUUUUAUGUAGCUACAGCAUUUCAUGUUCCCAAAGCUAAACACUGGAAUGAUACUGACUUGUCACUUAGCACAAGCAGUUGUUAAUGUCUUGUUAGUGCCGUUUAUGUCUGAUUUCGCUUCUAGAUAAUCUCAUUGGAACAAAUAUAGAGUUUGUGAUGUCUUUAUGUUCAAUUUUGCAUGGCUUUUGUAGUUGGCUGGCAGGUGUGUCUAUUAGAAAUAUUUUCAGAAUAAUUUUCCUUAGGAAUAAAGAAACAUUCUUGAGGGAAGGAAUGCUGUAACAGCGUCAAGUUUGAACACUCCCAGUUUACAGCAGGGAAAAAAAUGCAAGGUCCACACCCUUGUCAACAUUGAAGGACACUUAAAAGAGUGAAAUCUUUUCAGUUUUUCAGUGUUUUUUCUCCUCAGGAAUGAGUCUAUGGUCAGUAGAGCUUUGCAGUCUGCAUACAGACUGCUGAGACUGGUACACAACUGUACCUCUAGCAGUAACCCUGGCAGGAAAAUCUAGAGUUCAAGACUGGCUUGAGUUACCUGAGACUCCGUCUCAAAAAGAGGGGAAGGGGAGGUUGGAUGGAUGGAUGAAUAUUGGAUUUGAGUGAAGUUUUAAGAACAUGUCAAUGCCACUGGUGACAGUAGUGCUACCAAGACUCGCACACAUGAUUUUCACAGGCAGACCCUGUACUUAGGCACAGGCCAUGCCACCACACAUAUUUCUAGACUGAGAUUCUCAAGGUAAGAUCUUUGCUUGUAAGUAGUAAUAGAAUAUAUAUCCUGAACUUUUGUAAAUCCUAGUGGUUCUAAAUGUACUAAUGCUCAACAGAGUCCCUAAACACAGUUAAACUAUGCUAACUUAAAAAAAAAAAAAAAGCCUUGUUAUGCAUGUCAUUAUACAGUCAUUAGGGCCAAUUCAAUCUCCUAUCCCUCUGUGCUUCUGAUUGGAACUGCAGUGCCAGGGAAAUCCUAGCCAGUUAGAGAAAUGAUACUGUGGUUGGCUGGGAACAUAGCUCAGUUGGUAGAGUUGGUAGUUGCCUAGCAUGCACAAAGCCCUGGCUAGAUCCCCAGCAGUGCAGAAAAGCAGCAUCAGGCAUGGCUCAGCACUUGGAAAGUGGAAGCAGAAGGCUCAGCAGCUCAAGGUUACUGUUAGCUACAUCAGACCCUGUCUUAAAACAAAGCAUAUGGUACCAGCUAAUAAAUCCAAACAAGGAAGUACCUUCAUUUCUUAGUGUUCAUACAUCAGAACUAAUAAGAUGUUAGUAUUCAACUGGUCCAGAUUAGCUUUUUAUGAAAAUCUAGUGUAUGGAUUAUUUUCCUUCCCUCAUGGCCCAGGAGUAAAUAUUAAUAAGGAAUGAUUUGAAUGUAAUUUUUGUGAAUGUGUGGAAAGUAUAAACCAGGGAUUAAUGAAGGUUGUCACUGACAUUGUUGUUGAUCUCCCUUUGUACUGUCUUAUUUCAGCACUCGUUAUUUUGAGAUGUCAUACUGCACAAUGUAUUGUAAAAAUAAAAAGUAAAACUAUAUUUCAUAUUGUAAAA